GUUGCUAGAUGGAUUCUAAAAAAGAGAAAGGGAGAAGAGAAAUUUGGCCAAAAGAAAUGGUUUUAGAAUUAUGUCGGUUCCUAAACAAAUAUAUCACGAAGCAUUGGGUUUAUCUAACAGGGAUGUUGGGGAGCGUUUUCAACGUUAUGGGGAGACUAUUAGUAGAGCCUUUCAUGAAGUUCUAGAGGCAAUAGUUGGUAGAGGUAAAGGUUUUCAAGGUCUAGCACGUGACGUUAUAAAACCAAAAGAUCCAACUUUUCAAUUCGUACCACCUCAAAUCUUGAAUGACAAAAGAUACAUGCCGUAUUUCAAGGAUUGUAUUGGAUGUAUUGACAGUACACACAUAGGAGCAUGCAUCCCAGAGAGUCAGCAACUACCUUAUAUUGGUAGAAAAGGGGUACCAACUUUCAACGUAAUGGCAACAUGUGAUUUCGAUAUGUGUUUCACAUUCGUAUCGAUCGGAUGGGAGGGAUCAGCACAUGACACACGCGUUUUCAUUAACGCGACCCAAAAUAGUAAAUUCAACUUCCCACAACCACCUGAAGGUAGAUAUUAUUUGGUUGAUAAAGGAUAUCCAGAUAGAAAAGGAUACCUUGUACCAUAUUCCAAGACAAGAUACCAUCAAUCUCAAUUUCAAAGAGAGCCCCCGAAUAAUAUGCAAGAAGCUUUCAACCGUUCACAUUCAUCUUUACGAAGUCAUAUUGAGAGGUCAUUUGGAAUUUUGAAGAAACGAUUUAAGAUACUUGGUAAAAUGCCCAAGUAUAGCGUGCAAACACAAAUUGAUGUUAUCAUGGCUACAUUUUCAUUGCACAACUAUAUACGUAAUUCUCAAGAAGAUUUCAUAUUUACUGCAAUGGAGCAACAUCCAAACUACAUACCACGAGAUGAACUACAUGAUGUUCGUAACCAUGACAUAAGCACUAGCGGUCUAUUUGAGGAACAUCGAAUGAGAUGA